AUGGCUACAAAUUCCGAGUCUGAUGGCAAGUUUGCCGAUAUGCAAAAGGAUACUGUCGAAUUCGAUGGCAAGCAGCAUAUGACAACCGACUAUGGCCUCAAGAUAUCAGACCCAGAUCACUGGCUACGAGUGCACAGCGAGUCGAACACCGGACCAACGCUUCUCGAAGACCAAAUUGCUCGCGAGAAGAUUAUGCGUUUCGACCACGAGCGCAUCCCAGAACGCGUCGUGCAUGCACGUGGAACCGGCGCAUUCGGUACAUUCAAACUAUAUGAGAGCGCUGAAGAUGUAACUACAGCCGGUGUCUUGACAGACACGAGCCGUACAACACCUCUUUUCCUGAGAUUUUCUACUGUGCAAGGCAGCAAGGGCAGUGCAGAUACCGUGCGUGAUGUGCGCGGGUUCGCCGUCAAGAUGUAUACAUCUGAGGGGAAUUGGGAUAUCGUUGGGAAUAAUAUCCCAGUUUUCUUUAUCCAGGACGCGAUCAAGUUCCCUGAUUUGAUCCAUUCUGUCAAGCCCGAGCCGCAUAAUGAAGUACCGCAGGGACAGAGCGCGCAUAAUAAUUUUUGGGACUUUGUUUAUAUGCACUCUGAGACGACGCAUAUGAAUUAUUGGCAAAUGUCUGACCGGGCUAUUCCACGCUCGUAUCGAAUGAUGCAGGGCUUUGGAGUAAACACCUAUUCUCUUAUUAAUAGAGAUGGCAAACGCCAUUUUGUCAAGUUCCACUUUACCCCCGAGCUGGGCGUACACUCGCUCGUCUGGGAUGAAGCUCUCAAGAUUUGUGGCCAAGAUCCAGACUUCCACCGAAAAGACCUGAUAUCCGCUAUAGAAGCAGGACAUUUCCCACGCUGGAAGUUCGGCUUGCAGCUGAUUCCAGAAGAGAACAAGGACGACUUCGACUUUGAUAUUCUCGAUGCGACAAAAGUCUGGCCAGAAGAGCUUGUUCCCAUCCGCUACAUCGGCGAGAUGGAACUAAACCGCAAUGUGGACGAGUUCUUCCCACAGACCGAACAAGCCGCCUUCUGUACUAGCCAUAUCGUGCCUGGUAUCGACUUCUCCGAUGACCCGCUGCUGCAGGGCCGGAAUUUCUCGUACUUUGAUACACAGAUCUCGCGUCUCGGUCCGAACUGGGAGGAGUUACCUGUUAAUCGCCCUGUUUGUCCGUAUAUGAACCUGGUCAAUCGAGACGGUGCCAUGAGACAUCGUAUCACCAAGGGUACAAUCAACUACUGGCCGAACCGCUUCGAAGCCAAUCCUCCAGCGUCACCAGCCCAGGGUGGAUUCACCAGUCACCCUGGGAAGCAGAUAGGAAUCAAGUCGCGGGGCCUCUCAGAAAAAUUCAACGAGCACUAUUACCAAGCGCAAACAUUCUACAACUCUCUAUCGCAGAUUGAGAAAAUACACUUAGCAAAGGCAUUCUCCUUCGAGCUGGACCACUGCGACGACCCAAUCGUCUACAAGCGCGUCACUGAGCGCGUUGCAGCAGUUAGCCUAGAGCUCGCAGAGGCAGUGGCCAAGAAUGUCGGGGGUGAAGCCCCAUCUAAAGCGCUGAAGGCUAACAAGGGCCAGAAAGCCAAGGGUCUCAGCCAGUUCGAGUACCAGCCAACGAAACCGACCAUAGCGACUCGUCGCAUCGCUAUUCUCAUUGCCGAUGGCUUCGACUACUCCUCUUACACUACUAUGAAGGAGGUUCUCGAGGCGCAUGGCGCCUUCGUCUUCACGAUCGGUGCUUUGAGAUCGGGAGUUGUGUCUGAAGAUGGGCAGAAGGUUAUUCCUGAUAACUUUUUUAACGGAAUGAGAUCGACUCUCUUCGAUGCAGUGUUUGUGCCUGGAGGAAAACACGUGUCAGCGCUGGCGAAGAACGGUGUUGCCAAGUUCUGGAUUACAGAGUCGUUUGCGCACCUUAAGGCUAUUGCUGGUGUUAACGAGGCUGUUCCGUUCAUUGAGAGACAGAUCGGGCUUGAGGAGGUCAAGCUUGCUGAUGCUGAUUCUACUGUUACUGAGUCUUACGGCGUUGUUACUGGGCAUGGUGAUACGGCCUCAAUACUCAAGGUUGCCGAUAUUGGGCCGGAUUCUAAGACUCUUGCUGAGCAGUUUAUCUGGCAUGUCUCGUGUCAUCGAAACUGGCAGCGCGAGCUGGAUGGACUGGCUGAUCAGAUUGCGGCGUAG